AUGACUCUAGAGACUGAGUUUGAGUGGGAUGCUAACUGUUCUGAUACACCCCCUCAAUGUGGGGAUUUGAAUGGUCGAAUCCGCAGCUUGUCCCGUAGAAAGGAGAACCGUGAUGUGCUGAGAGCUUUGUGGCAAGUUUCUAACAAAACUAUUAAGAAGAAGUUCGCAGAAGUUCUCAAAGACUGGGAACUUGUAUAUGGACCUCACAGGUUCAGAUAUAAAGAUCUCUACAUCGCAACCAAAGGUUUUCAUGACAAGGAGCUUCUUGGUAUAGGUGGCUUUGGUAAAGUCUACAGAGGUAUAUUACCAACCACAAAAGAAGAAGUUGCUGUGAAGAGAGUCUCACAUGAUUCAAGACAAGGGGUGAGGGAAUUUGUUGCCGAGAUCAUCAGCAUCGGUAAAUUGCAACAUCGAAACAUAGUAACAUUAUUGGGUUAUUGCCGACGUAAAGGAGAGCUCCUUCUAGUCUAUGAUUUCAUGCCGAACGGAAGUCUAGACAGGUUCCUCUUUGAUCAUAAAUCCACAACAACAAAGACAACAUUGAGUUGGAAUCAAAGAUUUCAAAUUAUCAAAAGCGUAGCAUCCGCGCUACUAUAUCUUCAUGAAGAAUGGGAACAAGUUGUGGUUCACAGAGACGUCAAGUCCAGUAAUGUCAUGUUAGACAAGGAGCUGAAUGCAAGACUCGGAGAUUUUGGGCUUGCAAAAUUAUAUGAUCAUGGAGGAGAUCCCAAAACCACCCAUGUGGUGGGGACGUUUAGUUAUCUUGCGCCAGAAUAUGCUAGAACUGGUAAAGCAAACCCUAGUGUGGAUGUGUUCGCGUUUGGGGUUUUUUUGCUCGAGGUCGCUUGUGGUAAGAGGCCUAUAGAGGCAGAAGCAUCAGAAGAGUGUAUUGUGUUGGUGGAUUGGGUGAUAUCAAGUUGGAAUAGGGGUGCAAUUCUUGAAACUAUGGAUCCCAAAUUGGAAAUGAAUUAUGAAGUGCAGAAAAUGGAGUUGGUGUUAAAACUUGGAUUGCUUUGCUCUCAAUCCAAUCCAACUGCAAGGCGAUGUAUGCGACAAGUUGUCCGGUACUUGGAGGGAGAAAUUCAACUACCAGAGCUGCCAUUUCUGACUUCAGAAAGUACUGGUGAAAUCUCCUUUUGGUGUCCAUCUCUUGAGACUAGAAUGACAUCCAUUGUAGAUUCUUUGCUCUCUGGAGGAUGUUGACUUUUUUUUUUUGUUUUGCUAAAUGGAUAAUUUAUUGAGAAAGAAGAUAAAAAAAACCAGCAAACAACAAACAAAUCACAGAGCAAGCCACGAGGCCCCACCUUCGGCAUAGCCAUCAACAGGACCUAGGGCCGCUCACUACAUAAAUCUAUACGAGGGUCUAGAAGAUUCAUCUCUCGCCAUCAUAUCAGAGAUAUGGCCUGGAAAAACGUCAUUGACUGUCGAGCAUCUUGAUUUUGCAGCUUUCUUGGCUAGGAAGUCUGCCACCGAGUUCCCUUCUCUAUAGUUGUGAGUGAUUUUCCAUGUAAUACUUCCCAGGAAUUGCCUUAGAUGGUUCCAUCUCUGCAUAGCCAUCCAUGGAAUUUUUCCCUGAUGAAUUGACAUAACCAAAGCCGCUGAAUCUGAUUCUACCCAGAGGAAUGGAAUAGCUAACUGUUUUGCUUUCAUGAGACCAUGCAUUAGACCUUCUAAUUCUGCUUCAUAAUUUUCUUUAAUCCCCAAGUAUAUGCUGCAAGACCAGAGACACCUGCCAUUAUGAUCUCUCAUGAUUGCACCUGCACCUGCAUUACCAGGGCUCCCAAGAGAGCUUCCAUCAAAGUUUAGCUUGACCCACCCCGUAAGCGGUUUGCACCAAUAAACUUCCAGGGGGGGUUUAAUGCCCGCGCUAAGAAUGUUUAGAGUUUUGAUUUUGACCUAAGUACUAUUUCCUUAUAUGAAGCCAUCUAGCAAGCCAAUGCCUUUUGGGCUUGCAUGGACUCAGCAAAUUCAUGCAGAAGAAGUCUGGCUGUGAGCUUUAUUUGUUUAACAAAUUGUCUUUUAUUUAUCAGUGCUGUACUACUGUAAAGUUCAAUCGAUUAAGUCAAUUU